CACGCUCCUCAUACCUAACCCAGUCAUCAUAGAAAACCAAUCGGGGGCAGUUUAGGGCGGGUCUAAGCAAGCACGCGGAAAUUGCGUUAACCUGUGAUGGUAGCUAGCCACUCAGCUAAUGGAACAAACACUCUGCAGCCAUGGACCACCGCAGAUCUCACAACCCCAACUCCAGCCAACAAAACCGCCAUUCAGCACACAAAAGGAGGAGAGAUGACACUGGAAGAAGACCAAACCACCACCACUCUCAGUCUGGGUCAGCUCCUUGGCAAAACCCACUGAGCUCUCGAGGUUUGAGUACCAGAAGGGAGCUGUAUGAAAGAGACUUUCCUGUGUACAAACAGCCUGUCGAAGUGGGAUGUUUUUCGCUCGACUCUGAGCGGAGAUUCUUCAAUGACAGCAGGCAGCUGAGAUACUACACAGAACCUGACAGAAACCCUAAUUUUGACCUGAAGGAUGGAUACAAGGACCGCUAUGUGAAGAGAGACGAAAAUGUGAAGGAGAAGCUGGACCACAUCCUGCGCUGGAUCUUGGCCAACAGAUCAAAGAUCAGCUCAAAGGCGACCACGGCCUCAUCAUGUGCUUUAGAUGUCGACUUUGUGACGUGGCGUGGUCAUCUCACCAAGCUGCUGACCACUCCUUAUGAGGCGCGGGAGGGCUGGUUGCUGGCGGUCACACGAUUUAGGGGCACACUUUACAUCAGCGAAGUGGAAACAGAGGCUGCUCGCAGGGAGAGAGAGAACCGCACCGAGAGGCACGCAGAGAUGAUGUACUGGGGAUACAAGUUUGAGCAAUACACAUGUGCAGAUAAUGUCCACAGUUUACCUGACCCAGGAGGAGUGGUUAACACUAAUGAGGGCUUCUGCACUGUGGUGCAGACUCGGCUCUCAGAUCACAGACUUCUGUUCUCCGGCGAGGUCGACUGCCGCGAUAAAGAUCCGAAAGCUCCGGCUCCUCCUGCGUGCUACGUGGAGCUGAAGACCUCGUUAGAGAUCACUACUCCCAAACAGCGCAGCAACUUCCACAGGUUCAAACUGAUCAAGUGGUGGGCCCAGUCUUUCCUCCCCGGAGUCCCUCGUGUUGUGGCAGGUUUUCGGGAUCAUGACGGAGUUGUUGUCGCCGUGGAGACGUUCCCCAUCUCUAAGAUGUCACAACUCAUCAAGAGUGAACAGAACUGCUGGAAGCCAACAGUCUGUAUGAACUUCUGCUGUGACUUCCUGUCUUUUGUGAAGCAAACGGCUACUGAGGACGAUCCAGGCGUGGUGUACCUGUUCUCCUUCGAGCCCCACAGAGAUGUGACCUACUCCAUCCACAGGGACUCCCAGUAUUCCUUCCUGCCACACUGGUAUGUGGAGGAGAUAACCCGAAGUCAAGACUCACACCGUUAGUCCUGAUUUACAACCAGGACAUGAUCAGCUUGGACUGUUAGUUCAGACCUCCAAUGGAGGGUGUAUAUACAGUUUUGUUUAUCCUCUGUGAGAGGCUAUGUUGAUUCAUUGUGUUACUGAUCACUAUUAGAUGAUCCAUGUUUGUUCAAGAGUGUGUACUGAGGCAUGUUUUUUUCUCAAUCUUGCAUGUGGUGUAAUAAAACAGUUAUUUCUAAUGUC